CCUCCACCUUCUUCUUAUCCUUCACCCCUCACACUCUCUCUCCUCUGCUUCUUUUCUUCCCCCUUUUUUUUCCUUGUGGCAGUGAUUCUGAACUCUCCACAUUUAUCAUGUGAAGUUGUGAGAGCUUGCUUCUCUUCUCAGUUUCUGACUUCUGAUCCGUCUCUCUAUCUUCGAUCUCUCUCGUUUCCGAUUCCGAUGGCUGAAAGUAACCAACUUAACCUCAACGAAUCCAAGAUGGUGGUUCCGCUAAAUAUGUGGGUUCUUAUCUCCAAUUUUAAGCUGGCUUACAAUCUUCUUCGUCGCCCUGAUGGAACUUUCAACCGGGAUUUAGCUGAGUUCCUUGAUCGGAAAGUACCUGCCAAUGCCAGCCCUGUCGAUGGCGUGUUCUCGUUUGAUGUUGUUGUUGAGCGUGAAACUAGUCUUCUUAGUCGAAUUUAUCGGCCUGAUGAGGGAGAAAACCAUGCAAGGACUCUUGUGGACAUUGAGAAGCCUGUAACCUCUGAGGUUAUUCCUGUAAUCAUAUUUUUUCAUGGUGGAAGCUUUGCACAUUCUUCGGCUGAUAGUGCUAUAUACGAUACCCUUUGCCGCCGGUUGGUAGGAAUUUGUAAUGCUGUUGUGGUAUCAGUAAAUUAUAGACGAGCACCCGAAAACAGGUAUCCUUGUGCGUACGAUGAUGGUUGGACGGCUCUACAAUGGGUCAGUUCUAGAUCAUGGCUCCAAAGUAGGAAGGACAAGAAAGUUCAUAUAUACUUGGCCGGUGACAGCUCUGGUGGGAACAUUGUACAUCAUGUUGCACGGAAAGCAGUAGAAUCUGGAGUUGAAGUAAUGGGGAACAUACUUCUCAACCCAUUGUUUGGUGGGGAGGAAAGAACUGAGUCUGAAAAGCGGUUGGAUGGGAAAUAUUUUGUUAGAAUUCAAGAUAGAGACUGGUAUUGGAGAGCUUUUCUUCCAGAAGGGGAAAAUAAAGACCAUGAGGCAUGUAACCCAUUUGGCCCCAAAGGAAGAAGCCUCGAAGGGAUUCCCUUCCCGAAGAGCCUUAUAGUGGUAGCUGGUUUAGACCUUGUUCAGGAUUGGCAAUUGGCUUAUGCAAAAGGGCUUGAGAAGGCUGGCCAAAAUGUGAAAUUACUAUACCUAGAGCAGGCAACAAUUGGCUUUUACUUGUUACCAAACAAUGAGCACUUCUCUACAGUCAUGGAUGAGAUAAAAAGUUUUGUGAGCUCUGACCGUUCAUAGGCUUAACUUUCAUCUGAUUGCAAGGACAGGUUAGAAGAUUAUGUAGGCAAUUGUUAUGGUACUAGACUUUUUUUAACCGAGUUGUGCUUCUAUUUUAUACUAUAGGACCCUGCUCCCUGUUAUUUGGCACUUCUCUGGUUUGAGAUUGUGUCACGAUAUGUGUAACCAUGCAGCUUUUCCAGUGCACAUCAUCACCAAUACCACUGAUGUGGAUAGGUAAGAUAUUAGGACAAAGGGAGCCAUGACUGUCUGUUGAACCGUUAAGUUUAAGAUUACCUAGUCUUUUCAGCCAAGAAGAAGGAAGACAGCAAUGUGGACGUGACCUUGUGAUAGGUAGUCAGUGGGGGUGCGGUUUACAUAGUUUAUAGUUUCUUUAUAUAAUAUAUAUAGCUAAUUUUGGAAAAACUGAUAGUGAAAGUGUCGAAUGGCAUUAUGGUGGUGUAUGAUUAUACCUGUGCUAUAUUCAUGUAAGCUUGUCAAGACUGUUAAACUGUUAGUAUAUUAAUUAAUGGGGUUGUCUUUCUAGUUCAA